AUGGGUUCCUAUCUUGUUAAUGCAACCUUGUUAAUGCAAUUCCAGUCCAAAAUAACAGAAGGGGCAGAUAUUAUUGUUGGAAUGAUUUAUACAGUGUUUGGAAUAUGCUCCUUGUGUGGAAACAGUAUUCUUCUGUAUGUUUCCUACAAGAAAAAGAAUUUACUAAAACCAGCAGAAUACUUCAUGAUCAACCUUGCCAUCAGUGACCUUGGUAUGACUCUGACCUUGUACCCUCUAGCUGUUACAUCCAGCCUCUCUCACAGAUGGCUGUAUGGUAAACAAGUUUGCUUGUUCUAUGCAUUUUGUGGUGUACUUUUUGGAAUCUGCAGUCUGUCAACACUAACAUUACUGAGUACUGUGUGCUGCCUCAAAAUUUGUUUUCCAGCUUAUGGGAACAGAUUUAGGCAAGAACAUGGACGAAUCUUGAUAGCCUGCGCAUGGGCCUAUGCAGCAAUUUUUACCUGUUCACCCCUAGCUCACUGGGGAGAGUAUGGAGCAGAGCCCUAUGGUACAGCUUGUUGCAUUGACUGGCAUUCAUCAAAUGUAAACACAGUGGCAAUGUCUUACACCGUAUUAGCUCUAUUUGUUUCUGACAUUUUAUAUCCCUGUUGGAGGGUAAUUUUUACGUCCAUAUACCCUUCCCAUCUAUCGAUAACUGUCAAAGAAUCGCAGAAAAGCAUGAAACAGCAUGUCUCAGGUCCCCCAGGAAUAUUAAACACUGAGAAUAUCACAUCAAGAAUGAGCAUUGCUGUAUGCAUUGGAUUUUUUGCUGCCUGGAGCCCCUAUGCCAUCAUAGCCAUGUGGGCAGCCUUUGGAUCCAUAGAAGGGAUUCCUCCACUAGCCUUUGCUGUGCCAGCUGUCUUUGCAAAGUCCUCAACACUCUACAACCCAGUUACCUAUCUUCUUCUGAAGCCCAAUUUCCGAAGCACCCUUGCCAAAGAUUUCGGAGUUCUCCAGCAAUUAUGCAUCAGGACUUGUUUUUGCCUCAAGGCCCUACAGAGCUGCAGUUACAGGUCAGUUCUGGAAAUCGGCCUGAAAUCAUUUAAAGGGAGAAAUGAGUCCAGCUGUAACUCAGUGCAGACUGUAGAAGGAUGUUCUUACUUCCCUUGUGAAAAGUGCAAUGAUACUUUUGAAUGCUUUAAGAACUAUCCAAAAUGCUGCCAGGAGAGAUUAGGCACUAUGGAAUAUACUCCUCAAGAAAGUGUGUCUUUGGAGAGUAGUCUUCAAGCAAAACGGAAGCAGGGUGCCAAGAAAUCUGUAAAGGUGGUUGUUCAAGGAGAAAAAAGCACUCAAAAUGAUAACUUUGAAAUCAUCUUGGAAACAAUAUCUGCACACAGCAGAUCUGCAAAUCUGUAGAGUCUGGAGGGUUUCAUUUAAGAAACAAUAAAGUAAUGGUACCAGACUUCUGAAUGUAACCUUUUCUAAACAGCCCAUCCACUGCCCAUUUUCUAUACAGUUUUCCUGAUUCCUUCAGGUGUCCUUUGAUAGAAUGCCUAAUGGAGCAUGAACUUGUUAAAAAGGAUGUUUGACUCUCACAAUGCAGACUUCAGUAAGUAUCUUGUGCUAACUGUAUUCAAACAGUACUAUUGCAAUUAAUCUCCUUCUCACUUUGAGUUUUGGAGCUCUUGUUUACUUUGUUUUCAAGGAAACAGACCUCUGGGUACUAUGAGGACAUUUCUGUGAGGUGGUGGUGUUCUUUCUAAAAGUUUUAUAUUCUGUACACUCAAGACAUAGCAUAAUGCAUAUAAGAAUUUUAAAAAGACAACCUCAUGCUGUUCUAACUGUAACAGAAAUUAAAAUACAGAAAUAGGCUGUAUGAAAUGCCUAUUUUCCAAAAAGCCCUGGAGAAUAAUCAUGUACACUGCUUUCAAUGUUGGUAGCAAAGAUAAUGUUAGGUUUCAGAGUAGCAGCCAUGUUAGUCUAUAUCCGCAAAAAGAACAGAAGUACUUGUGGCACCUUAGAGACGAACAAAUUUAACUAAAAGAUAAUGUUCCUUACCAUGAAGAGACAAAGAGACAACUUUUGCUCCAAUUUAUGCUGGAGUAAAAUCAGAGUAACUCUGAUUUUUAAACAGAUAUACUCCAUAUUUACACUGGUGUAACUGGCAGGAAUUUGACCCAGAAAUGUUAAAAUAAUAGUCCCAGUUUUCUAAUAAGGACCUUGGAAUAACUAGGGUAAAGAAAAGGAGUGGAGAGAACUCAAAGGGUGAGAAUCUGAAUAAUUUGGUAAGCUGGGCUCAAGCAAACAAUGUGAGUUUUAAUACAGCCAAAUGUAAAUGUACUCAUC